AUGAUCUCCGCCAAAACUCCCCCGCCGGCCGAACGCGUUGCUGGAGCGGCGAGCUGCAGCGCGGGCAGGCGCGCGGCCGCAUGGGAUGCUGCCGCCAGCGCUGAAGUGCGUGUGCGGGCACCGGCGACCCACGGCAGCAGCGCCCGCCUCGGAAGAGCGAGAGCUCGCCCCUUCCAUAACGGAUGCUUCUGCCAGGACCUUGGUGGUGCGGCCCGCACGCCUCGCCAUGCGCGCGCCAUUAUCGCCGGCUCGGCGGCGCCAGCCGGCUCCCGCGGCCCAGCGCCCCAACCGUUCCCCUCGCGACCCCACUCGGCCCGUGUAGCGGCUGGCGGCGGGUUGCACGCGGCGAGCGCGGGGGGAGCGGAGGAGGCGGCGGCGGAGCGGGAGGUGGCGUGGGCGCGCGGCGAGGAGGGCGUGUGGAGCGUGGUGAUCCCCACGUACAACCGCCUGCCCAUCCUCACCCAGUGCCUGCGCGCGCUGGAGCAGCAGCGCGGCGAGCGGCAGGCCGGCGUGCGGCGGUACGAGGUGGUGGUGGUGGACGACGGGUCCGACGACGGCACCGUGCGCGCGCUCGCCGCCAUGGGCGUGGCGUCGUGCGAGGGGCUCGCGCAGGGCGCGGGGGAGGGAGGGGCGGGAGAGGCGGUGGAUGGCGAAACGAGGCAGGCAGCGGUGGCGUUCCCCCACGUGCGACUGGUGCAGCAGCAGCACGGGGGCGCGACGGCCGCUCGGAACUACGGCGUGCGCGUGGCGGGCGGCAGCACGAUCGUGUUCAUCGACUCCGACAUGGUCGUGUGCCCCGGUUUCCUAGCAGCGCAUGCGCGUGCUCUUGCGGAGGCAAGGAGCAGGUUUGGGGACGAGCGCACCUUCUCGUACGGGCGGGUGGUGAACACCAGCAACUUCCAUGACCCCAUGGCCGAACCCUUCAAACUCACUGACUACUCAGCAGCGUUCUUCGCCACGGGCAACGUGGCCAUCGCACGCCACAUGCUGGCUGCCGCCACUCUCCGCCUCACCCCGCCUGCUGCAACCGCGCGCUCCUCCUCUUCCUCCUGCACCUCGCGUGAGGUGCUCACGGCAGUGGAAGGGCAGGCUGGGGGAGCGGUCGUGGUUGGCCAAUCACGGGGGGAGGAGGGGCGUGGAGCGGAGGAGAAGGGGGUGGAGCAGCAGUGGCAGGAGAUGGGGCCGUUUGAUGCGGACUUCAGCAGCUACGGCUGGGAGGACCUGGAGCUCGGAGAGCGGCUGCGGCAGUGUGGCGCGCGCAUAUGGCAGUGCCCCGAGGCCGUGGGCUUCCACUGGCACCCGCCCUUCCAUCCCUCUCACCUGCCCGCUCUCAUCCGCCAGGAGCGGCAGCGGGGGGAGAACGGGGUGCGGUUCUUCCUCAAGCACCGCACGCUGAACGUGCGCCUCAUGGUGCAGAUGACGCCCUUCCACGCCGCCCUCUGGUUCCUGCUCACCCUGGGGGGCGCCCUCAACGAGCGCUCCCUGGCCCCACUGCUCGCAUGGCUGGUGCAGCAAGGCCAUCCCGGAGUGGCCGUGGGGAUUCUCUCCCCCGUGCUCAACUGGCACACUGUGCAAGCCACACGGGAAGAGGUGCACCGACUCAGGAAGGCAGGGGUGGAUGUGUGA